GGAUUCAAAUGCUUUCUCCUCCUCUUCGCUGUCUUUGCUUGCAAGAUUUAGCAUAACAAUCUAUUCUACAUCAAGGGUACCUACAACUGCAGUUUUUACACACCGAUUGACUACCAUGAUUUUGAAUUUCUAGGGAUUUGUUGUCAUUACGUAACAAGAUGUUUCGGAUAGGUCAAAGAGGACUCUGUCUAUUACGCUCCAACUUAAAAGGGCUAGUGACAAGAUGUUGUCAAACCCAAGCUCAACAAGACUCUGGGUCUAAGCUCCACCUACUGAUGCUCGUCAUACCAGUGUCCGCCUUUGGACUUGGGACAUGGCAGGUCUUUAGACUUCAGUGGAAACUUGGUCUCAUUAAGUCGCUGGAAGAGAGGACCACCGCGCCACCGCUGGACCCACCAGAAAAUUUAGAUGAUCUUGACACUACUGCACUAGAGUAUCGGCGUAUUCGUCUGACUGGACAGUUCAAUCAUGAGCAGGAGUUCCAUGUGUUCCCAAGAUCUUUGUAUGAGGGUUCUGCUGAGAGUGGAGGCCUUGGGAGGCAACCGAAGUCUGGUGCACAUGUCAUUACACCCUUCACCUUGGCACAAACAGGAGAAACAAUUCUAGUUAAUAGAGGUUGGGUCCCCAAGGCCAAGAUAGAUGCAGAAAAAAGACCAGAAGGACAGGUUAGUGGAGAGGUGACUAUCACUGGCUUCAUCAGGAAGAACGACAAGCGCGCGCCAUUUGCUCCUAAGGAUGACGCUUCAAGGAACCGUUGGCACCACAGGGAUGCUGAGGCUAUGGCGGAGGUGGCGGACUGUCUGCCAAUACAAGUUGAUGCUGAUGCAGCUAGUACCAUCCCUGGUGGGCCGAUAGGCGGCCAGACACGUGUAUAUCUCCGCAAUGAACACCUUCAGUACAUCAUCACCUGGUACGCACUGUCUGCGGCCACGUUCUACAUGUACUAUAAGCUUCGUCGCAAACCCUCGCUGCCCAUAGCAUGAAACGCAGCAAACAACGCAGCAAACAGCGAGAAAACGGCGCGCAGCCAUAGGGCUUGGUCCAUGUCUGUGAUAGGGAUAUUUAAGCUAAAAGAUCUAAUUGUGACCAACGCCAGGGAGAGUAUAAGAAAUUGAGUAUUUCGUAGCCGACGCCAGAUUUCAUCGGGCAAGCUCGCAAAGUCGUUUGAUUAUACUUACAACAGUAGUUCCCAACCUAUAAGAACCUGGAAAUUAAGAACCUGUUAGGCUAACAUUUGGUAUUUUAUACACUUUUAUAUAAGAACCUUGCAGUAAAUGUAUAAGAAAUUGCUCAAAAUGUUUAGGCCAACCUUGUAGAAAGCAGGUUCUUAUAUAUGGGAAACUCCUGUACUUAUCUACUGCUCUUGAGGUCCUUGUUGUUCUGAAUGAAAACGCUCAACAACACCCCGACAAGAAGUAAGAGUUAGGGUUUUUUUGGGGGGAAGGAAGGGGAGUGGGGAGAUUACAUGGAUUUUCUGACUAAAACUUUCAGACUCUCAAUAUGGAUAUCUAGAGCUUUGAAGUUUGAUGUGUGUUUUAUUGACAUCUUUAUGUUAAUUCUAAUACUGUCCCUGGCUUGUUCUUCAACCUAAAAAAUAAAAAUAACAAUGUGAACAAUGUGAAGUUCUUUUAGAGACCCAAUGUAAAGGACAAGCGUGUAACAAGAGGCGAUAAUUAUCUACAGUUAUAUACAGCUGUUUAUAAGGUGUCCUGGAAUAUUAUAACCUAAUUCAUUGA